UGUACACCAGCCUUCUCAUUGACCAUACCAUUAAUGAACUCCCUCAACAUGUCAGCGGCUCGAUCUACACUUCAAAGAGCGACCAGGGCAGUGGCUGCUCAGCCAAUAGCCUCAUCCUCUGCGCCUGCGAGGGCCUUCGCUACAGCAGCUUCCUGCCAUGGCCUUCGCCACCAGAGAGCGCCUGCAGCGGCAGCGCCACUGCCUCGCUUUACGGCGCCGCUCUCAUACAGGCCUCUCCAACGUGGCUUCCACACCUCCCAGCCUCGGUCGAUGUUCAUUCAGACAGAAUCGACACCGAACGAGGACUCACUGAAGUUCCUGCCGGGUCAGCAAGUCAUGAACAGCGGCACUGCAGAGUUCCUCGACUCUCGUGACUCGAUGCGCUCCCCACUAGCCAAGACUCUCUUUGGGCUGGAUGGUGUUCGCUCAGUAUUCUUUGGCCCUGACUUUGUGACCGUAUCAAAGGUGACGGAUACCAAUUGGGGAACGCUCAAGCCCGAGAUCUACUCGACGCUCAUGGAGCACUUUACUGCUGGUCACCCGCUCUUUGCCGAAGAGGGCGACCAUGGUUCCAGCGAUACGACUAUCCUUGAUAGCGAUAGCGAAACUGUGGCCAUGAUCAAGGAGCUGCUAGACACCCGUGUCAGGCCGGCGAUCCAGGAGGAUGGAGGUGAUCUGGAAUUCAGAGGCUUCGGUGAAGAUUCGGAUGGGCUGGUCAGGGUGAAGCUGAAGGGCAGCUGCAGAGGUUGCGACAGCAGUACAGUCACACUGAAGAGUGGUAUUGAGAGGAUGCUGAUGCACUACAUCCCAGAAGUCAAGGGAGUCGAGCAGGUCCUUGACGUCGAAGAGGAGAUUGCUCUGGACGAGUUCUCCAAGCUGGAGCAGAAGUUGAAUCGUGACAAGGAGAGUGAAAGGAAGCGCGAGAGCUCAAUGGGCUUCUCCGUGUAAAAGAGAGCCUUGUAGUGUCCCUUUGCGCAGCGUCUUCUUCUUCGUGUACACAUAGUGGUUUACUUCAUUUGAGAAAGGCAAUGCUACCCAUACCCUUUUCGC